UAUGAAACUGUUUACCUUACUAUUCGGAUUGUACAUAUCUUUUGUAAUGAAGAUGGAACUAGGGAAUUUGAAAAGGCAUUUGUUUGCCCUGCUUGUGACUCGGUGUUGCAGGAGAAGUUUGAUAUUAUCAGAGUGGAUAUGAAUCCAACAGAGCAGUACAAGUCGAUGGUGUUAGUAGGACAGAAACCAGAAGUUAUUCAUGAAAUUUGUAGCAGGGCUAUUUCUUUUUGGAAUUAUCAGAUGCAGCAGGAAAUUAUGUAUCAAGAGUACACAGCAAAAAAAAAUAAGGAGCGGUUGGCUCAACUGGAGCAGUAUUAUGAACAGGUUUUAGAAAAAGCAAAGACAGAAAUAUCAUAUGCUAAACAACAACUUGAAACAAAAAAUGAAGAAUUGGAAACCGAAAAACGAAGAGCUGCUGAACUAUCAGAAAGGUUGAUGGAGCGGAGUCGACAGUAUCAUAAAUUACAAUCAAUGUAUGAAACCGUAAGAAGAAAAGCCAUAUCCCCAGCCAUCUUUCACAAGGAUGAUCGCAAAGGUUCCACCACACAAAAAGGUGAUGUUUCAUUUGGAAUGUGUACUGCAAAUGAAAUCUUGCGACCACAAGGGAACUGGAUGGAUGACUACAACAGAAAUAGCUGUGUACAGCAGCCUGAAAGUAUGUAA